UUGGGAAACAUAGUGUUUAUCUUAACUACUUCACUUAGCAAGCUCAAGAACAUCUCUUUGUUUUGUAAAGUUAACAUCUUUGAAAAAGAUGGGAAUUUUUUCUUAUGCUUAUUGAAAACUUUCUUAGUUUCUCCAUCAUUUUGCUGAAAUUAAAUUUUAAAAAGGGUGGUUUUUUUCUUUAAGAUAUGAUGACCUUUUGCAGUAAUUAGUUCAGUGAAUAUCUCUUUGUUUUGCAAAGUUAAGAUCUUUGACAAAGAUGGGAUUUUUUCUUAUGCUUAUUAAAGACUUUCUUAUAAGUUUCUCCAUUAUUUUGGUGAAAUUCCAGUAAAAGGGUGUUCUUUUUAAGGGAUGAUAAUGGCUAUUUACAGUAAUUAGCUCAGUGAAUAUCUCUCUCUUUUUUUUUUUUUUUUUGGGGAAAGUUAAGAUCUUUGAGAUAGAUUAUGAUUAUUAAAGCUUUCUUGGUUUCUUAAUAGUUCCAGUUUUCUCCAUUAAUUUGCUGAAAUGUCCAUUAAAAAGGGUAUUCUUUUUAAGGGAUAAUGAUGGCCAUUUGCAGUAAUUAGCUUAGUGAAUAUCUCUUUAUUUUGCAAAGUUAAGAUCUUUGAGAAAGAUGGGGUCAUUUUUUAUGCUUAUUUAAGCUUUCUUGGCUUCUAAACUGAUAUGAUGGUUUCAGUUUUAUCCAUCAUUUUGCUGAAAUGUCCAUUAAAAAAAGGUCUUCUUUUUAAGAGAUGAUGAGUUAUCUAAGUGAAUAUCUCUUUAUUUUGCAAAAUUAUGAUCUUUGAGAAAGAUUGGUUUUUUCCUAAUGCCUUAUUUUAAAGCUUUCUUGGUUUAUAAACUGGCAGGAUGGUUCCACUUUUCUCCAUCAUUUUGCUGAAAUGUCCAUAAAAAGGGGUCUUUUUUUAAGGGAUGAUGACCCUUUGCAGUUAGCUCAGUGAAUAUCUCUUUGUUUUGAAAGUUAAAAUCUUUGAGAAAGAUUGGAUCUUUUCUUAUUAUUAUUGAAGCUUUCUCAGUUUUGCUGGAAUGUCCAUUAAAAAGGGUCUUCUUGUUAAGGGAUGAUGAUGACCAUUUGCAGCUGUCACUCUGAGUUUAUUUAGAAAAGCAACUGUUGUGGCUGCAACAAUUUGGGUUAUGUCUGUUCUGCUUAUUCAAUUCUUCAACUAGCCUAUUUCUAAAUUGACUGGCUCAUGUUAAAGUUGUCCCUUUUACUGUAUUAAACUAUGUUAUUUUAUGUAAAUGCGUUGAUUAAAUCCACAAGUUAUUAUAAUAGCUGCAAAGCUAAAGGCAUCAUCAAUUUCAGAUUCUUACUGACAAUGGGUGCUUCAGAAGCAGCCCUACAACUUUUAUCCGGUGAGCUUUCAUAUCAAGUCAGGACAUGUUCAAUCUUGGUGAACUCAAACUCUUUACUUUGUUAUGAGCAUUGUUUUAAAAGUAUAAAUCACGGGGACUUGAGGCAUAUGCAGAUAAAGGGUUUAAGUAAGUGGAGAAGUUGGUCAAGGUUAAAUUCUUUUCGUGGCUUACAUAGUGUUUUCUGCGGAGAAAAGCCUCAUAAUCGGUCCAAUUCGUUGAUCUGUAAUUGCCAACAACCUGAAAGAGUCAGUGAGACAAUCAUUAAAAGUGGAAAUGGAAAGUCAAUGCACACAGUGAGUUCGAAGAUUCCAAAUCAUACUCCAGAUGAAGAGAUCAAGAAACAGGAAAAUGGAACUAGGCCUUUCAAUGAAGGUUUUAAAACUGCUGCCGCAGUUAAUAGUAAGCCUAGAACCAGCACAGAGUCUCUUGAGGAUGAAGCGUGGCACUUCUUGCGAGCUGCUAUGGUUUAUUACUGUGGCACCCCAGUUGGAACUAUAGCUGCUAAUGAUCUAAGUGAAGCAACUAUUUUAAACUAUGAUCAAGUAUUUAUACGUGAUUUUAUACCUUCUGGGAUAGCUUUCCUACUAAAAGGAGAGUAUGAUAUCGUGAAGAACUUCAUACUUCACACACUUCAGUUGCAGAGUUGGGAGAAAACAAUGGAUUGCUAUAGUCCGGGUCAAGGACUUAUGCCAGCCAGCUUCAAAGUGCGUACGGUUCCACUUGAUAAUGACGAAUCUGCAACAGAAGAUGUAUUGGAUCCAGACUUCGGUGAGGCAGCAAUUGGUCGAGUUGCACCUGUUGAUUCAGGAUUGUGGUGGAUUAUAUUGCUUCGAGCAUAUGGGAAAUGCUCUGGAGAUCUUUCUCUUCAGGAGAGGGUUGAUGUCCAAACUGGAAUAAAGAUGGUCCUCAGGCUAUGUCUCGCAGAUGGUUUUGAUAUGUUUCCGACUUUGCUGGUGACUGACGGUUCUUGCAUGAUAGAUCGCCGCAUGGGAAUCCAUGGCCACCCUCUGGAAAUUCAGGCGUUAUAUUAUUCAGCCUUACUCUGUGCACGGGAGAUGCUUUCUCCAGAGGAAGAAUCAACAGACCUUGUUAGAGCACUUAACAAUCGCCUGUUAGCAUUGUCAUUUCAUAUUAGGGAAUACUACUGGAUCGAUGUGACAAAAUUGAACGAGAUUUAUAGAUACAAAACAGAGGAAUAUUCAUACGACGCAAUCAAUAAGUUUAAUAUAUAUCCAGAUCAAAUUCCUCCCUGGCUGGUCGAAUGGAUGCCUAGUAAAGGGGGCUAUCUUAUCGGAAACUUGCAGCCAGCUCACAUGGACUUCCGGUUCUUUUCACUCGGGAACUUAUGGUCCAUUGUAAGCAGUCUCGCUAACAUAGAUCAGUCUCAUGCUAUUUUAGAUCUUAUUGAAGCCAAAUGGGAGGACUUAGUAGCUGAUAUGCCACUGAAGAUAUGUUAUCCUGCUCUUGAAGGCCAGGAAUGGCGCAUUAUUACUGGUGGUGAUCCGAAAAACACGCCUUGGUCUUAUCAUAAUGGAGGAUCCUGGCCAACUUUGCUCUGGCAGCUUACUGUGGCAUGCAUAAAAAUGAAGAGGCCUGAAAUCGCUGAAAAAGCAAUUAAGAUUGCGGAGAGACGCUUAUCCAGAGACAGAUGGCCCGAAUACUAUGAUACAAAGCGAGGAGGGUUCAUUGGGAAACAGGCACGUCUCUUUCAGACAUGGUCUAUUGCAGGAUACCUAGUGGCAAAGCUGCUUAUUGCUACUCCAGAGGCUGCAAAGAUGGUAAUCAAUGUGGAAGAUACAGAUCUUCUAAGUGCCUUUUCAAACAUUCUGAGUUCGAAUCCAAGGCGAAAACGUUCACGAAAAGGAGUCAAACAGUCUUACAUCAUAUGAAAUUUUAAUUUGUCUUCCUUGAUCAAGCCUUCAUGUAAUACUGGCGUGAGAUGAGCUCAAAUGAAACGAUAAUAGUCAGUGAAGAUCCAUAUGGUCGACUCCAACUUGCUCGUGAUUGAAGUUUAUUUGCUGUUGUUACUUGAAGUCUUUGUAUAGUUACUGUAUCUGUGAGAUAUACAUAUGAGUGUUAAAAUUUUGUUCCCUCUUAUAAAUUAGCCAUAGUCUCAGCACAUUGUAUCUGAUUUUUCUUUUUUCUUUUCAGCUGAUUUUCUUUUCUCCUUUUCGCUUCCCUGUCCCUGCUUGUAGUAGUUAUCUCCACAAUAAUGAUCUGGUUGUCAAUGAGAUCUAGUUUUCUUUCUCAUCCUA